AUGAGCGCCGGGACCCCACCCUCACUCCAGCAACUCGCCGGGAAAAGUCUGCUGAGCCACCAUGCCCUGACCACCUCUGCCCUGGACAAUCUGCCGCUGCUGCUGAUCCCUUCGCUCUUUGUGGAGGCCUACACUGGGGGCCACAGAGAGGUGCUGAAGGCCAUGGUGCAGGCCUGGCCCUUCCCCUGCCUCCCCCUUGGGGACCUGGCACAGCCACCAGACCAAGAAACCUUCAAGGCUGUCCUGGGUGGGCUUGAUCUGCUACUGGCCAGAAGGGAGCGCCCCCGUCAGUGGAAACUGCAGUUGCUCGAUCUGCAGGGGGAGCACCCAGGGAUCUGGACGCUGGGGUACCCUGCCAUGGCACAAAUCUCCUACCCAAAGGUCCUGCCUGUCAAGCCAAGAGCAAGUCCCUGGACAGAGAUGGCUGAAGAGCAGCCCUUGGUGAUCGCCAUCCACUUGACCAUCGACGAUGGCACUCAGGAUGAUCUCCAAGCCUUCCUACUCCACUGGGCCCGGGAGAGGAAAGAACGAGUCCGGCUGUGCUCGAGGGACCUGCAAAUUCUGUGUGACUCCAGCUCUGAAAUCCAGAAGGCUCUGUCAGUUGUGAGUCUGGACUCUAUCCAGGAACUGCUGGUGAGCGAACUGUGGCAUGGAGAAACCAUGCAAACCUUUGCUCCUUACCUGAGCCAGAUGAAGAACCUCCGCAAACUUACUUUCUGCAAUAUGCGUGGGGACUUCUACACUCCCAGCUCUCCAGAUUUCUCUUAUUCCUCCCAGUUGGGGGCACAACUGGGGCAGCUGCAGGGUCUUCAGGAGCUGCAUAUGCAAGAAGUCCUCUUCCUUGGUGGAAAGCUGCCCGCCAUCCUCAGGAGUCUGCCACCUUUGCAGCUCCAGCACCUGCGGCUGAGGAAUUUGUCUAUGGACAGCUUCAGUCCUGAUCCCCUGAGAGCCCUGUUGGAGCAGGUGGCUGGCACCUUGGAGACCCUGGCCCUGGAGGACUGCAACAUCAGUGAUGCCCACGUCUCAGCCUUUUUGCCCACCCUGAGCCAGUGCUCGAAGAUCAGCUUCUUCAGUUUCUAUGGAAACCACAUCUUCAUGGACACCUUGCAGAGCCUCCUGAGAGUCAUUGCCAGGUUGGGCCACUUGAGCGGAGGAAUCUAUUCUCCCCCUCUAGAGAGCUACGGGUCCACGGGGAACAUUGACCCUGACAGUAUGACCCAGGUUCUGGCUAGUUUGGCCCAGGCACUGAAAGAUGUAGGGACAACCCAGAAGGUCCAGGUCUGUACCGAUUUCUGUCAUUACUGCAACACUUUCCAAUACUACAGCCUGGAGCCGGAUGGUUCCUGGGUGUUCACAGAAGAGGGGCCUCAUGGCCUUGCUGCUCUGCCUGAGUAG